AUGUUUAGAAAAGGAUUUCAACAAUUGGCAUUCAGAAGAUUUAACUCUCACGCUCACCACUUAAAACCAUCUGCUUUUUUAAAAGAAGCUGCUUACAAACCAAACAAGGCUGCUGGUGAAGAAUUUAUUAAGAAAUAUGAAGAAAAAGUUCAUCAUUCUGGUGAUAUUACCAAAUUAUGGAGAAAAUUAACUUAUUUGGUUGCUAUUCCAGCUGUUUUAUUAGUUGCUAUUCCAGUUGGUAAAGUUGAAUUGGAACAUGCUGAACAUAGAAAACAUCAAGCUCAUAUGACUGAUGAUGAAUGGCCAACUCAAUAUGAUUAUCAAAACAUUAGACUGAAACCAUUCUUCUGGGGUGAUGGUGAUAAAACUUUGUUCUGGAACUCUGAUGUUAACAGACACGUUGUUAAAGAUUAA